AUGAAGGGACACGCUAUGGAUUUGUCUUUUGCGCUUCUUCUCCUGGUGGAUUUGCUUGUGGCUCUCGCCGCACAGCCCUUCCCUGGCAUGCGUCCUGACGCACUGCUCAGUAGGAUGAACGGCGGCUCCAGACGCACCGUGCAACGGCACAAGAGCAGCAGGCUGCCCCUUUACAUGAUGCAGCUGUACCGGACCAUGCUGUCUGAGGAUGGGCCCCGGAUUCCUGCUGCCACCGUGAGCCAGUCCGAGGACAACCCCGGCCUGCAUGACUCCGACUCCGUAAUCAGCCUUGUCGCUAAAAACUGCCAGCAGAUUGGCAAGAGGUGGUCGGUCACCUUUGACAUGUCUUCCAUGUCUGCAAGUGACAAUGUCCAACUGGCUGAACUUCGUAUCCGCCUGCCUGCAUUCACUGAGUCUUCUCAAGCUUCAGUGGACAUCUACCACUCCCAGAGGAACCAGUGCUCAGGCAUACACUGCCCAGACAGCAGGUUGUUCCUGGGCCGCCUGAGAGCUCAUCCCAGUUCCAUGGUCUCACCCUCUUCUUGGAAGGUGUUCAACAUGACGGAGAUGCUCAGUCGCUGGCUGCAGCAGGAACACUCCACACACAGGUCUGAGAAGGUUGAGCCUGAGGUGAGAGAGGAGGAUGAGGAGGAGCAGCAGGAGGGAAUCCAACAUCCUACACCUAACCAGGUUAUGAUGGUGGUGUUCUCCAGGCAGAACCCCAACAGCCAGAGAAUGCCGACACUCAUCCGCACAGCAGAGCACUCCAAGUACGUCAGCCUGGAUAGGGAGCGAGUGAUGGGUGGUUCUGCCUCCAGGUCUAGGAGCCGCAGAGCCAAAAGACACCACCACAACCAGCAGCACAGCCAGCGGGUGGCAGGUACUGCUCCAGCCAGUAUGUCCACAGAGGAGGAGAAGGGUCCUCUGUGUAGAAAGGUGGACAUGUGGGUUGACUUUGAGAAGAUCGGCUGGAGCGAGUGGAUUGUCUAUCCCAAAAGGUACAAUGCCUAUCGCUGUGAGGGGAGAUGUCCUACACCAGUAGAUGAGACCUUCACCCCGACCAACCAUGCAUACAUGCAGAGCCUUCUGAAACUUCACCACCCACACAAGGUGCCAUGUCUGUCCUGUGUGCCCACACGCCUAGCACCACUUUCCAUGUUGUACUUUGAGAAUGGGAAGAUGGUCAUGAGGCAUCACCAGAACAUGGUGGUGGAGGAGUGCGGCUGCCACUGA